UAAUUUGCACACUCCUUAGAGGUACAUACCUUAACUUUGGCUUUCUGGCUUUACUUUUUCAAAAGAAAAAAGUCAAGAUGAAGAGACAUUCUCUUUUCUGGGGUGUCCUGGCCAUUUUUCUAAAGGCUCUUCUUGUGACAGCUCAAGAGGAAGAUGAAAGGAUUGUUCUUGCUGACGACAAAUGUAAGUGUGCCCGCGUUACUUCCAGAGUCAUCCCUUCUCCUGAAGAUCCUAGUGAGAGCAUUGUGGAGAGGAAUAUCCGGAUUGUUGUUCCUCUGAACAGCAGGGAGAAUAUCUCUGAUCCCACUUCACCAUUAAGAACCAAAUUUGUGUACCAUCUGUCUGAUUUCUGUAAAAAAUGUGAUCCUGUAGAAGUGGAGCUGGAUAAUCAGAUAGUUACUGCUACCCAGAGUAAUAUCUGUGAGGAAGACAGUUACAUGGAGACCUGUUACACUUAUGACAGAAACAAGUGCUAUACAACUAUGGUCCCACUUACGUAUAAUGGUGAGAUCAAAAUGGUGAAAGCAGCCUUGACCCCGGAUUCCUGCUAUCCUGAUUAAUUUCAACCAUUGCUGAUUGCAAAACUCUGUCUCAAAGAGGCUCUCCAUUUUGAUCCAGAAUGAAGUGAAUUUGAAACCAUGAUAUUUUUGGAUGAUGCAAAAGUUCCUUCUCCCUCAAAUAAUUGAGAUACUAACAUUAUUAUUUUUAUUAGGUACUUACUUCUCAAUUCUUAAGUAUUAAAAAUAGUCAACUAUCAUGCCUGGUGUCAUUUGCUGGCUUAAAUAUUUGUAGCAUUAAAAUAUAGGGGGAAAAAGUAAAAAGUGAAAAUCAGAAAAGAGCUAAAUUAAAUGCCUUAUUUCCUUUGUGUUGGAGAGUCAAGAGUUUUUGCAUAUUCUAUACUUUUCUCUUUUAGAAGUUUCACUGUGUAGAGAAAAUACAUUGUAAAAAACCGAAUUCCAUGUCUUCAAUAGGAAAAUAAUUCAUAAAUAUGUUUUAGAAAUAUUUAUAAAAUAAUUUAAGAUGGGGGUCUGUAAUGUUUAUUAAACCAACUUGUUGAAGGUGAUAUAAUUAAUUGAGUAAUUGAAAAUUUUAUUUUGGCAUAAUACACAGAUGGUAGUAGAUGAUAUAGAUUUUUCUUUCUGGUAAAAUUUUUGAUCACAAGUUACUGUAGAGGUUCCCAUGAAACUCACCUAUUUUGCAACUAAAUCUAAUUAAAUAUGUAUUCAAAAUAUGUAUUCUCUAACACAGUUUGAACUAUUAAAUAGAAUCAUAAGCAUA